AGAACAAGCUGCAGCCACAGGUGAAUGCAGCCACAGAGAACAUCAGGCUACAGGAUUUCACGCCCAGGGAAGGAAAAUCUCCACCCAUGCCAGGGGAACCAGCACAGCGGGACCGAAAGUUGCCCCAGGAUGGCCCCUGGAAGUUUUUCUGCCUGGCAAUGACCCUGAUGUUGCUUCUUCUCGUCCUCAUCUUCGGUGUGUUCCUGGCUGAGGUACUACAGUUCUUCAACCAGAUGCAGGAAGAACUCAAGCAGUUGGACAUCAAAUUUGUGCAGGGUCUGGCAGAUGCUGGGCACAAGCGGGACGUCACGCGGGGAGAGGUGUUCCGGCAAAUGGAGGCUGUGCGGGCAGGCAACGAAUCCUCCUGUGAGCCCUGCCUGGAAAACUGGAUGGCAUUUCAGGGCUCCUGCUAUCUGUUUUCCACACAGCAACAGGACUGGUUUGAAGCCAAGGAUCAUUGCACUGAGAAGGGUGCUCACUUAGUGAUCAUCAACAGCCAAGCAGAGCAGAAAUUCCUGAGUCCAAACGAAAGUACUGGCUACUGGAUUGGCCUCAGGAAACAGUACCCAAAGGGCAUUCACAAGUGGCAAGAUGGCUCAGCGCCCACCUUUGUCAACUGGCCUGAUACCAAAUCUUCUGGCUAUGACUGUGUCUUCAUGGAGAAGUCUGGCUCCUGGUCCUCUGAUACAUGCCAUGCAUACUGGUAUCAUUGGAUCUGCGAGAAGCCACAGGUCUGCUGAGCCUGCUCCCUUUCCUCUGUCUGCAGUCUUGGGAAAAGUUGUCUUGAUAUGUGACCUCAUAACAAUUCCCCAACUUCUCUGCAGAAAAGGGGGUUUCCUGAAAGCCCCAGUCCUCUUGGUAGCAUCUUUCCCCUUUCUUGCCUCUGCUUCUAAAUGCUGUUGAGGAACAUGAAAAAUGAUGCCAGGAUGGAACAGUGAGGAAAAUAUAUUGUGUAAGACUUUCUACAAGACAAAUAAUCUAGUUUUUAAGAAAUGACAUAAAUAAAGGCAAAUGUAGUAUUGUUAGAAAAUAAAAAAGGCUUAACAUUGCUAAAUUAACG